UGAAAGAAGACAUUCUAAGAUAUUCACCAACUGUCAUGUUUCGUGCAAGACACCUUGUAUACCACAUCUUUUUGUUGAUAAUUUAAGCAUUAUUAGAUCGUUAUCAAAGAUUAAAUACGAUCAUUAAGUUGUCUCUCCCAACUGUCAGGUUUGUGAGAAACUCUUUCAAUUUUUAAAUUUUAGAAUAAAAAACCAGAUUAAUUAGUAAUAAUGGAAGCUGCAGAUUUCCUGGGGCGCUCCAGUUCUCAUUGUCCAACAGGUAGCGAGGGAGAAUUUGCAACCUUUGGAUUCCUCUCCUUGAUCAUUACUAUGCUUAAUACAGUUCUCACUCUUACCAAUACCAUCAAUAUCAACAACAAUAACAACAACAACAACAACAAUGACAACAACAAUAAUAAUAACAAUAAUAAUAAUAACAACAAUAUGAAUACUGGAAGACUAUUAUUGGUGGCUAUUGGUGAGAAUUUUGAAGAAGGGAUGGCAGCUAACCAGAGGUUUGAGGAAGUCAUGGUAGCUAAAGAUAGGCUUGUGGAAGGGAUGGCAGCUAACCAGAGGUUUGAGGAAGGGAUGGCAGCUAAAGAUAGGCUUGAGGAAGGGGUGGCACCUAAAGAAAGGCUUGUGGAAGGGAUGGAAGCUUUAGAGAAGCUAGAGGAAGAGAUGGCAGCUAAAGAAAGGUUUGAGGAAGGGGUGGCAACCUGUUCUUCAGGUGGUAGGUUGAUAUUCUACAUAAAGGAAGUAUAUAAGCAGGUUGACCGUCUUAUACAAGCCAUAGAUAGGAACUAUCCAGCUUGUUAUACUUUAUACACUUGUAAUAAUAUUAUCUCCUUGUUAAACUUUAUACACCUGUAAUAAUAUUAUCUCCUUGUUAAACUUUAUACACCUGUAAUAAUAUUAA